GGGCUGGCCCUCGCGAUAGGUUGUCGAUCAGUGGGCCAAGGCAUUCCCUGAGAAAAGAAGGCUGGCUCCCCUGCCCAUCCACCCACAACCCACAAGGCAUCCAAGAUAGGCGAAGGUGACUUGACUUGACGAGCGGUUGGGGUCGAUGCGGGAAAGAACUUGGGGGGUUUGCUGUUUGUUUGUUUUCUUCUUGAUCCCCCGCCAGGACAGACCGCAAGCGGGGUCCCGCCUCAAGAUGUCGGCUUUGACGAGCAGAUUGGCCAUGCCAAUAUCACAAUGGGCCCUUGUUGAUCUGAUGUAUCCUGGCCAUGGCCCAUGUGCCGCCGUCGGAACUCACCGUGUCGCCUCCCCGCCUAGGAACAUCGCCGAGUGCCCAGUAGCAUCGGCUUUCUUAAAAGGACCAGCCAUUCAUAUUAUCCGUGGUGCCCAGUGGCCCGGCUUGCCCGGCACUCCUAGAUCAGCCAAACAAAAGAGCUAG